AUGUUUGCACGAUGGUGGGCUGAAAAGAUCGAAACAAAACCACCUAGCCUGUCAGCUAGCUAUGUGGAAGAUGAGGGAAUCCGCCGAGCAAUUAACGCGCGUCGUGUCAUGGUCAAUGAUAUCAGCGACUUUGCUGAUGACACACCCUGUCUGCCCUGGCUCAUCUGCACUUCGCUUGGGCAAAAAGCCAUGACUGAUGGGUUCGUCGAGAGUUCUGGUAUCUAUGAGGGAAAGCGAGCAUAUGCCGGGCAAAUCGAGAAAUAUGUCUGGUUGCCAGCCAAGAAUGUUCGCAAAAUUGAGGUUCUGUACGAAGCAGCCUGGCAAGGGGAUACUGAAUUCCUGGAUCGCGAGGAGUUCAAAGACAACUUUCCAGAGUACCAUGAGGGAUGUAUCAAAGGUGGAACUAUCAACAGCACGCGGGAGUGGCCUAUCGACUAUGGUAUUAUGAGAAACAAUUCAACAUAG